UUGAAUAGUUCUUUCCAGGAAUCUUUACAAAUUUUGAACAUAAAACCACCAAUAGAUCAAGAAGCAGUUGAGAAGAAUUUCCAGCACCUAUUCUCUGUCAAUGAUAAAGCCAAAGGAGGCUCAUUUUAUUUGCAAUCUAAGGUAUAUCGAGCGAAAGAAAGAAUAGAUGAGGAGUUGCGAAGGCAAGGUAUUAACAUUGAAAAUGACCUGAGGAAAGAAAAAGGAGACUAA